AUUUUUUUAUUUUAUUUUAUUUUUUUCUUGUUCUUAACGUAAUUGAAAAAAAAAAAUGGCUAGAUUUAGCAUCUCUGCCCUUAUUCUUACUGUGCUUCUUGCAUUCACAACAUUCAGUUAUGUUUCUGCUGCUGUUGGCCCUCUUAUCACCGAUAAGGUUUACUUUGACAUUAAACAAGGUGAUGAAGAUCUCGGUCGUAUUGUAAUUGGUUUAUAUGGAAAGACUGUUCCUAAAACUGUCGAAAACUUCAAAACUUUAGCUACUGGUGAAAAAGGCUUUGGUUAUAAGGGUUCUACUUUCCAUCGUGUCAUCAAGGAUUUCAUGAUUCAAGGUGGUGAUUUUACUAAUGGUGAUGGUACCGGUGGAAAGUCUAUUUGGGGUGCUAGAUUUGCUGAUGAAAACUUCAAGUUAAGACACACUGGUCCUGGUGUUCUCUCUAUGGCUAAUGCUGGUCGUGAUACAAACGGUUCUCAAUUCUUUAUUACUACUGUCAAAACUCCUUGGUUGGAUGGUAAGCAUGUUGUUUUUGGUAAGGUCCUUGAAGGUAUGGAUGUUGUUACCAAGAUUGAAAACUGUGAAAAGGGUUUCCGAGAUAAGCCCAAGGUUGAUGUUGUUAUUGUUGAUUCAGGCGCUUUACCUGUUGAUGUUGUCGAACAUGCUGAAUUGUAAAUUCUUCU